UUUGCCUGGCUUGGAACAGUGCUGAAAAUGUUUAACAUGCUUACAGUACGCAGGUCCUUGUUAGCAAUGGACCUUCUCAAUAUAUGCAGCACAUACAUUUUUGCAAUUGUGAAAAAUCAGUUCAAUUCCGUUUGAAUUUUCGUUAAGUAGCAGUAACAAGACUUGUCGUCGUUGUUUCGCUUGGCAAACCUAAGAAAAGCAAAAGGCAAAAUAAAAAGAAAAUUGCCUAGAGUUCGCAAAAAAAAAAAAAAAAAAAAAAAAAAAAAAAAAAAAAAAAAAAAAAACAGAAAUGGCCAAGUUUUAGAACUAUUUCUUAAACACAUUAUUAGAUGGAUAUGACCAGCUAAGCAGCCAGUUAGGUGUCAUGCCAGGUGGAAAAUGAAUUGAGUUGAAAGCGAAUUAAAAUGCUUCGCAUUAUAUCGGGAUAGCCUUAGCUGAGGGAAUCUGCAUGAAGGAAAAUUGUAUGAAAGUCGCUGCUGUGUGAGCUAAAAAUCCUUUGCAUUUAAUAGUUAAGGAAAAGUGUUUUUCAAAUUUUCCCAAAUAUCGCUUUUUCGGUGAAAAUUGUUGUUAACUAAUUACAUAAGCAAUUCGCAUUGGUACAAAAUCGUUAACAGAAAAAAAAAAAAAAAAAACUUAAAAAGCAUAAACGUUUUCUCUCUCUCUCUCUCGUUUUCAAUAUUUAAUUUAAUUAUUAUUAUUAUUAUUAUUUUUUUUUUUUUAUUGAGUUUGUUCGUUUUACUAAUAUAACCGAUACGCACAAUAAUCGAUUUAUAAGAGACAUACGUGAAGAAAAAUUAUUUAACUAAACAAAAGUUUUACAAAAACAACAAAAAAAAAAUAAAAAUUAAUAUAUUAAUAAUUACAAUCAUAAUAAUGAUGAUGGUAAUGAUGUUAAGCCUUAACUUGAAACAGUUGUUGUAAUAGACGAAAAUGAAAAUAACACAAGUCAAAGAACAAACUACUAACAUAAUUUUUUAACAAAUACAUACACAAUGCUUUAAAAAAAAAAAAAAAAAAAAAUUAUUAAAUAAAAAAAAAUUUUAAAGUCUAUUCUAUAUAUGCUUAAAAAAUGUCUGGAUGCAUAUAACUAAGCUUAAAGUGUAUGCGUGUGUGCGUGUGUGCUUGCUCACAUCUGUGUACGCCAGAAAAAGUAAUGAUCUAUUGCACGCUGGUCUUAGCUUCUAUCGCUCUCAAUAAUAAUAAUAAUAAUAAUAAUAAUAAUAAUAAUAUCAAAGGAAAUUAUUUGAAGAAUGAAAAUAAAAAAAUUAAUGUAAAAUUAUAAUAAAAUAGAGGAAGUAAAUGAGUUAAGCUACUACUGCCUGUGUAAACGUUCGCAUUGCGGGGACUCGUACUUAAGAAAGUGUUUUAAGGAAUUUCAGCAGAGUUAAGCAGCAGUAGGGCACCUUUUUAAGGAAAAGAAUACAAAAUGACAGACAACAAAUUAGGGGAUGAAUCCUCCUCCCAACAAAUGGAUUCGCAUGAGAUCAGCAAAGAUUCUCAGUCGAGUGAAAAAUGUGAUGGUCAGACAGUAGAUGAAAACAACGAAAAACAACAACCAAAUAUUGAAGCAAAUUUAUAUUUAUACGAUGAUGAAUUGGACACAAGGCCGCAUAUAUCGACAUUUAUAUCAUCACUUGCCAAUUAUGAAAAUACCAUACCAGCCGCUACGGAUCCAGACGCUAAAGCACCUGCGCCUUCGGCGCGCAUGGGUACACUGAUUGGUUGUUAUUUACCCUGUAUUCAAAACAUAUUCGGUGUUAUUCUUUUCAUCCGUUUAACAUGGGUUGUUGGUACGGCCGGAGCUGUUUGUGGCUUUCUGAUUGUCCUGACCUGCUGUUGUGUGACAAUGCUAACGGCGAUUUCAAUGUCUGCUAUAGCAACGAACGGUGUGGUGCCAGCGGGUGGCAGUUACUUUAUGAUAUCAAGAUCUCUUGGGCCUGAGUUUGGCGGAGCUGUUGGUAUGUUGUUCUACACGGGUACAACAUUAGCGGCUGCUAUGUACGUCGUGGGCGCGGUUGAAAUUGUUUUGACGUAUAUGGCACCGUGGGCUUCAAUAUUUGGCGAUUUUACCAAAGAUGCUGAAGUGAUGUAUAACAAUUUCAGAGUAUACGGUACCGUAUUGCUACUAUUCAUGGGUCUAAUUGUCUUCCUGGGAGUACGAUUUGUUAACAAAUUUGCUGCCGUGGCCUUGGCCUGUGUUAUAUUUUCUAUUAUAGCCGUUUACGUUGGCAUCUUCGAUAAUAUUAAUGGCAAUGAAAAGCUAUACAUGUGUGUUCUCGGCAAUAGAUUACUUAAAGAUAUACCCAUCGACAAUUGCACUAAAGAUGAUACAUUUCUUUAUAACAUAUUCUGUCCCAAUGAUAAUUGUGAUGAUUAUUAUAAGAAUAACAACGUUAGUACCGUGAAAGGUAUUAAAGGCCUUUCUAGUGGUGUUUUUUAUGAAAAUAUUUUGCCAUCAUUUUUGGAGAAAGGACAAUUUAUAUCUUAUGGCGAUAGUUCAGUCGAUAUUGAUAACAUGGCCCCAUCUACUUACAAUCAAGUUAUAAACGAUAUCACGACUUCAUUUACUUUGCUCAUCGGUAUCUUCUUUCCCUCAGUAACCGGUAUUAUGGCCGGGUCGAAUAGAUCGGGAGAUUUGGCGGAUGCUCAAAAAAGUAUACCUAUCGGCACAAUUUGCGCUAUUCUAACCACUAGCACAGUCUAUCUGUCCUGUGUGCUAUUAUUCGCUGGCACAGUCGAUAAUCUGCUGUUAAGAGACAAAUUUGGUCAAUCAAUUGGCGGUAAACUGGUGGUAGCUAACAUUGCUUGGCCGAAUCAAUGGGUUAUAUUAAUUGGUUCUUUUCUCUCAACGCUGGGUGCAGGCUUGCAAAGUUUAACUGGAGCACCGCGUUUGCUUCAAGCCAUUGCACGCGAUGAAAUUAUCCCAUUUUUAGCUCCAUUUUCAGUAUCUUCUAAGCGAGGAGAACCGACUCGAGCUCUCUUGCUAACGCUGGUCAUAUGUCAGUGCGGCAUACUGCUGGGUAAUGUGGAUCUUUUGGCUCCUUUGCUUUCCAUGUUUUUCCUAAUGUGUUAUGGUUUUGUGAACUUGGCGUGCGCCGUUCAAACACUGCUUAGAACACCCAACUGGAGGCCACGCUUUAAAUUUUAUCACUGGUCUCUGUCUCUCAUCGGCUUAACAUUGUGCAUAUCUGUGAUGUUUAUGACCUCUUGGUAUUUUGCCUUAAUCGCAAUGGGCAUGGCUGUAGUAAUUUAUAAAUACAUUGAGUACAGAGGAGCCGAAAAAGAAUGGGGCGACGGUAUACGUGGUAUGGCUUUAACGGCCGCUAGAUACGCUCUACUACGUUUAGAAGAAGGUCCACCGCAUACCAAAAAUUGGCGUCCACAAAUUCUGGUCCUGUCGAAAUUAAACGAUAACUUUAUGCCAAAAUAUCGUAAAAUUUUUGCCUUUGCUACGCAACUUAAAGCCGGCAAAGGUUUAACAAUUUGCGUCUCAGUUAUACAGGGAGAUCACACAAAGAUCGGCGGCCGGGCUGUUGAAGCCAAGCAAGCUUUGCGGAAGUUAAUGGACGAUGAAAAGGUUAAAGGAUUUUGCGACGUGUUGGUGGCUCAUGAGAUUGGCGAGGGUCUAAGUUCAGUUAUACAAACAAUUGGCUUGGGCGGCAUGAAACCCAAUACUGUAAUUGUGGGCUGGCCCUACAGUUGGCGACAAGAUGGGAAGGCUACUUGGAAAAUCUUUAUACAAACUGUACGCACUGUAGCUGCAUGUCAUAUGGCCCUAUUGGUGCCGAAAGGCAUUAACUUCUUCCCUGAAUCCAGUCAUAAGAUUGGUGGCAAUAUCGAUAUCUGGUGGAUUGUACACGACGGCGGUCUUUUAAUGCUUCUGCCUUUCCUAUUGAAGCAACAUCGUACUUGGAGAAAUUGUAAGUUGCGCAUAUUUACGGUCGCUCAAAUGGAGGACAAUUCAAUACAAAUGAAAAAAGAUUUGAAAACAUUCCUCUAUCACCUUCGCAUUGAAGCAGAAGUUGAAGUAGUGGAAAUGAUGAACAGUGAUAUAUCGGCUUACACUUAUGAACGGACACUAAUGAUGGAGCAAAGAAAUCAAAUGUUACGUGAAUUAAGAUUAAAUCGCAAGGAGAACUCUAAAGUUAAUAUAGUGGACUUGAAGCCAGUCACUGGGGAGGAUAAGAUGCCUUUGGUACAAACAAUUAUCGAUCAUCAUCAUGAAAGUAUGAAAACCUCAUCCAAAGUGCGUUUCGCUGAUCCCACAGUUGAAGAAAAACACGAAAAUGAAUCAAAAGAUGAGGAAAACAGUACUAAUAAGGCUUAUGAAGCCGCCAGCAAUGGCAGCGAUAAUAGACAAAGUAAAGACGAUAACGAUGACAACGGUGAUAAUCAAAAUUAUGUAGAGAAGAAACCUGACGAAAUGAAUGUGCGUCGAAUGCAUACGGCUGUUAAACUAAAUGAAGUUAUUGUAAAUAAAUCACAAGAUGCCCAAUUGGUUAUUAUGAACUUACCAGGUCCACCCAAGGAGAUUAAUCCAGCACGUGAUAACAAUUAUAUGGAAUUCUUGGAAGUACUUACAGAGGGUCUCGAACGUGUUCUUAUGGUGAGAGGCGGUGGCCGUGAAGUAAUAACCAUUUACUCUUAAACAUUAAUAGCAACAAACAACAACAACAACCGAACAAAAAACCAAAAAAAAAAAAAACCCCAAGCAAAAG